AUGGACAACGACUGGGACCGCUCCGAGCCACAAGUAAACAUUACAUUCGAGGACAUGGGGAUACCAACGACACGUCGACUGCACUUUAGCAUCAUCGGAGAGACUCGUUCCUGCAGCGAGAUCGGGUUGACGGACCGAGUGUACACCAGCCUCGUGCUGCUGUCGGUGGCUGCCGCUGCCAUCCCCACAGUCUGCCAACUUGCCAUGUCUGGCGCACACUCUGAUGACUACACGCUCGGUUUGGUGCUACUUAUUAACGAAGUUUUCAGUGUGUGGUACAUCUUGGAAGGAGUACUAAAGGAGAGGUCCCCAGAGAUCGCCGUGCUGACCCUGUCUGUAGCUCUCAACAUGGCCUACGUUGGGGUCAGCUAUACGAGUGGUCACCGGAGCAGCUUCACACUGGCUCGACUGACGGUUACUGCUGUCUUCUGCCCAGUGUUGGUCAUCCCGGGAAUCGGCAUCAUCUGCACCUAUUACGUCUCUAGAAGACUGAUAUUCCGCACAGUUGGAGCCAACGCCAGCCUGCAAGCAUUCUACCUCACCCUUCUGCUCUUCCAGGAUUUGCUCAAGCUGGAUCUUCAACUGGGGGUCAGCUCCAUUCUGUUCGCCAUAACCUUGACACGUCCCAUAGCCACGCAGGACAUCACGCUACUGUCUGUGGGUGUCACUUUUGCUGCAGCUUGGUCUGCACUUGGUCUCUGGGCGAUGCCCAGAGAAUCAAAAGUUGGAGCCUAUUUAUUUUUCAUCUUCUGCCCAGCACAGAUUGCCUAUCUGACGUACCGACUUCUGCUCCAUAAAGCGGCCAUCACUAGUGGAAACGUUGAGGGGACAAGUCCUGAAGUGAUAUGUUUUGUAGCUGCACUGACAGUUCACAUUGGAGUUAUCCUUACGGGGAUUCUUGUCUUCGCACGUUUCGGUCACGGACUGAAAGAUAAAUGUAAGAUUCUCUCUUCG